AUGUCAGCGGCGCGCGAAGAGGAAGAGGAGGAGGAGCCCGCCUCUCUCCUCCUGCGGCUCGAGCCCACCGCCUCGCGGCUGGCUGCAAUCUGCAGGCUCGACCUCCGCAAGGCUGGCCUCAAGCGCCUUCCCGCCAGCAUCGGCCUGUGCGCGACAUGCCUGGAGCAGCUCGAUGUGGGAGGCAACCCUCUCGAAUCGCUCGACGGCGUGCAGACGCUAGGGCGGCUGCGCGUCCUCUUCGCGACGGAGAACGGGCUGGCCGUGCUCGACGGCGAGGCGCUCCCCCCAAAGCUGGGCUGGCUCAUCUGUGCGCAGAAUGCGAUCGCCGAGGUGCGGGCUCCGCACCGACUGAGCCACGUGCGCAAGCUCAUGCUUCCGCACAACCUCCUCGACGCGGUGGCGGCCGACUUACUCAUUGAGGCGAUCCCUGCGCUCGAGAUGCUGCGCCUCGCCUGCAACCGCAUGGAGACCCUCCCCGCCGCCGCCUUUCGCCACCCGCGGCUGGCAUGGUUCGCGUUCGGAGGCAACCCGUACUCUGCCCGCCUGUGCGCUGCCGCCCUCUCCGCCGCCGACGCAGCCGCCGACGCGGUGGCGACUCUGAAGGACGCCUCGGAGGCGGGCAGAGAGGUAGAUCAGAUCGAGAGGCAGAGCGGCGAAGCACUGUCAGCCACAGCUGGGCAGCAGGCGGUGGCUGUGGGGGAGGAGGAGCUGGGCCGCGGCUCGGGCGCGGUGGUCAAGCGCGGGACGUGGCAGGGUACGCCGGUCGCCUGCAAGCUGUGGUCGGCGGAGCUGUUUUCGGACGGCGACGCGCGCGGCGAGUGGCUCAUGGGGCGACUGACCGGCGGCUGCGCCAGCCUCGUCCGCACGCUCGCGGCGUGGGAGACGCCGUCGCUCGGCAUGGCGGUCGUGAAGCUGUCGGACCUCGGCGCCGCGUGCGCGUACGACCGGCACGGCCACACCGCCGUCGAGAAGCUCGAGGUGCGCUCGUUCGGCCUGCUGCUGCUCGACCUCCUCUCGCACCUGCAGGCCCGCCCGUCUUUUGCGGAGCUGUGCGCCGAGCUCUAA